CCUGCUGAAUGUGUGUGUGAGCAUGUUUGUGUGUUAAGGAAGGGGGGUGUUCACUUUUUCUCCUGCAACAGUAGGAACGGUGGUGCAGCGGUGUUGGCCCGAGACAAAAGGCUAAACGCAGCAGAGCCGCAGGAGGGGUGAGACGAGGAUAGGAGCAGGCAAAGUGGCCCAGUGGGACUGCACUUCUCAGGGAGGAAUUGAACCUGCUGCCCUUCCUUUUUUUGGUCCUGGACCGCAGACGUGACGAUAAGGAUGUCGGACGAUGAGUGUCGCUCACCCAUCGGCCUUGACUGCUGCAGCUGCUGCCUAGACCUGGCCAACGGUUGUGACGACUCUGUGUCUCAGGGCCUCAGCACGACACCGGUGAGCCCCACCAGUCCCAGUGUCACUCACUUCCGUCAGCUACGCAACCAGCUGAUAUACCAAAACCUCAACACGGACAAGCUGAAUAACAUCAUGCGGCAGGACUCCCUGGAGUCAGUAGUGAGGGACCCCUGCUUCCUGCUCAACGAGGGAAUCUGCAACAGCAACAUAGACCAGACAAUGCUGUCUAUCUUGCUCUUCUUCCACAGUGCCUCUGGUGCUAGCGUGGUGGCCAUUGACAACAAGAUCGAGCAGGCGAUGGACCUGGUCAAGAACCACCUCAUGUACGCCGUACGGGAGGAAGUGGAGAUUCUCAAGGAGCAGAUCAAGGAGCUUGCAGAAAAGAACAACCAGCUGGAGAGGGAAAACUACCUGCUGAAGAACCUGGCCAGUCCGGAGCAGCUGGAGAAGUUCCAGUCUCGAAUCCCCACAGAUGGUCUGCUCCCAUUGGACAAUCAGAGUGUCCAGGUGAUGUCAGAGCAGCAGACCUGCAGCCGCAAUACUGGCUCUGCUGUGUAAGUGGCUCUGCCUUGGGGCGGGCAGAGCCACUGUCCUUAUUCAGCAAUGGACCUCCAUGUUUUUUUGCGCUACACAAUUGCUGCCUCUAAAAAACCAUCAUGGCAAUGAGGGCGUGGCAUUGUGGCUGCAAAUGGCCGAUGGGACAAACACUUGACUCUGAUAAGCACAAAACUCCAGACCGGCGCUGUGCCAGGACUGUCCUCUGAUCCCGUCCAACUCUGCGCUGUAGUCUUCUUGCAGACAAUGAGCGCCAAGAAUCAAGAGCAGGCUGGCCCACUGGACACCACUGAGCGCUUGCUUUCUGAUGGAGGGUUGCCAGCGACUGUCCUUUUGCUCCCGAUUGGGCUGGUCCUGCCGGUGCUAACUUGGAACGUGUGAGCGCAAGUUACGCUACUUCCUGUCGGCCCAGGUAAGAUAUUUACCUGGGUUUCGACAAGCAGUGAUCCCCCAGUUCAUAGAAGAGUUCGAUAUCCAUAUGAACGUUUCAAGGAUUCCCAGCUCCACAUUACAAGGACUUAUCCUCCGUGUAUUAGGCUUCGUUCACACUGCAGGCUAUGAUGCCCAAAUCAGAUUUUUUUUGUUUUUUUUGGUUAAGUCCAAUCUUUUAAGGUAGUCUUUCAAAUUGCAAAAACAAAUGCGACGUGUAAUGUGAAUGUAAUGCGUCCAUGAAGUUACACGCAUGCGCACAAAACAAAUAUGGUCUCCGUCUUGACACAUCUUUGGCCAUUUCAAGCAUUUUGUGCAACUGGAGCGAUAUUUAUGGAAAGGUAUGGCAAUUUAUUUGCGCACGACGUGAUUGCAUAAUUAAAAGUAUUUAAAAACAAAAAAAACAUUUAAAAAGAAAGUACAGAAAAAUAUAAGACAGCUUAAAAGCAUUCAAAAACAAAGAGCAAAAGACAUUUAAAAACAGUGCAGAAAAAUAAGAUCUUAAAACAAGCACUAUAUUACUAAAAAUGUACAGUGCAAGAAAGAUCAUUUCAUAAUGGAAAACGAUCAAUUCUGAAGUAUCAGCACUUCACCACUCACUGUUUUCUGCUCAUUCGUUCACCAUUGCUUUUCCCAAGUCUAUUUUGUCAAACAAUUGUAACGUUUUUCGCCUUUUGGUGAAGACAGGUUGGAUGACCGCAACGGAUACAUGUCCAAUUUAUAUCCCCAUACGAAAGAGGCCUGGGUCGGAUUUGGAAAAUAAUCGGAAUUGUACUGAUACAUGUCGCACAUGCGCAAACAAAUUGCAAUUGACCUGCAGCGUGAACAUAUCCUUAUUCAUUGACAUGCAUUAAUAAAAAUAAUCAACAGGAUGAGCAGAGGUCAUGUUUAGAGUAGUAUAAUCGAGCUGGCGGACUGAUUCGUAUACUGUGCUGAUUCAUAAUCUGUUAUGUAUUGCCUGCAGUUGAGGCUUGCUGCUCUUGUGGGGAAUUCAUCCUGCCAUAUUCCAUUUUUUGUUAGUCGUUUGUUUGAGUUUUGACAAAAUCGGUUGUUUUGUGAAAUAAAUGCUCUUCUGAGAUUCUUUUCCCAACACUGAAGGCAUACAGAGCAUCUUCGUGGUGUGAAACAGCACGCAUUGGACGGUAUUUCAGAUAUUUUGAAUCUGCAUCUGCUGUUUUUUUACCCUGAUGCCAAUUUUCAAAAACUGUGGCAUUGCAACAGUGCCUGUAUGUAGUACAAUAGUGGAGCAUGUCUACUUUGAGCUCUGCUAAUGCUGUUGUUUUUGAGCUACCAAAGACAUUUUUUUUUUUUUACAAUAGCAGAAAGAAGGACCAUGUGUUAAAACUUCACAGGGAUAAGUCUUGCAUUUGAGUUAGUAAUAAAAUUUGUUUUGUAAAGGUAAUGGUAUUGUUGCCCAACAGUAUCCAGAAAACAUUUGUUCGCUACCCUCUUUGGAUACAACUGCACAUUUGCAAUAAACCUUAUGUUUACAUAAUUCAAA